AUGGCCGCACCUUUGCCCGCAUGUUCCAGCGCCUUGCGGGGCGGCACGGCCCAGUUCCCGGAACGCCUUCAGUCUUCAGUUCGUGCCUACGCCUGCUUAGUGCGGCAGCGGCUUCUGGAGGAUCUCAAGAACCCUGCAUGGGGCACUGUGGAGGGGAGGGACAGAGCGGCACCCAGCUGGGUUGUCCGGCCCGCUUACCUGGCUCUGGCUGCGCGCCGCACGCCCGGCCCUCGGGAGGAGGCGAGCCUGGCCCGAAGGCCUUUGGAUUCCGGGACCGCCCCCUCCUGCUCCUUGGCUGGCGGCGACCGCCAGAGACGACUGGAGCUGCUGCGGCAGGAUGAGAGUCGAUGCCGCCCCUCCCCGCCUGCGGACUCUCGGCGAGCAGUGCCGGCUCAGCCUGCGCCCUCCAUGGGGAUGCCGUGGGGCCCCGCGGUCGGCUGGCGGCGCGGGCGGCGUAGAGGCCUGGGGCUACCACCGAGCGCCUUGGCGCUGGCGGCCACCGGACUGAUGUGCACCGCUCUGGUUGCCUACGCCUGCUGGGGGCAGCUGCCGCCGCUGCUCUGGGCGUCCCCAGCUCCAUCGCGGACGGUGGGCGUGCUGCUUUGGUGGGAGCCCUUCGGGGGUCGCGGCGGCGCAGCGAGGCCGACCCCCGACUGCUGGCUCCGCUUCAACAUCAGCGGCUGCCGCCUUCUUACCGACCGUGCGACCUACGGAGAGGCUCACGCGGUACUUUUCCACCACCGUGACCUCGUGAGAGGACCCCCCGACUGGCCCCCGCCCUGGAGCGUCAAAAAGGUGCGCACAGCAGAAGAGCUGGAGCUGCGAGUAUUAGACGAUCUGGAAGAAGAUACGGCUGCCCAAGCCCUGGCAAUCUCCCGUCCCAGACCCCCGGGCCAGCGUUGGGUGUGGAUGAACUUCGAGUCGCCCUCCCAUUCUCCAGGGCUGCGGAGCCUGGAAAGUAACCUCUUCAACUGGACGCUCUCCUACCGGGCUGACUCAGACGUCUUCGUGCCUUAUGGCUACCUGUAUCCCAGGAGCCACCCUAGUGACCAGCCGAUAGGCCUUAUACCGCCGCUGGCCCGAAAACGGGGACUGGUGGCCUGGGUGGUGAGCAACUGGGACGAGCGACAGGCCAGGGUCCGCUACUACCACCAGCUGAGCCAGCACGUGCGGGUAGAUGUGUUUGGCCAGGCAGGGCCAGGGCGACCUGUGCCCGAUAGUGGGCUUCUGCACACAGUAGCCCGUUACAAGUUUUACUUGGCUUUCGAGAACUCACAGCACCUGGAUUAUAUCACCGAGAAACUCUGGCGCAAUGCUUUGCUGACCGGGGCCGUACCAGUGGUGCUAGGCCCAGACCGUGCCAACUAUGAGCGCUUCAUGCCACGAGGCGCCUUCAUCCACGUGGACGACUUCCCUAGUGCCUCUUCCCUAGCCACCUAUCUGCUUUUCCUGGACCGCAACCUGGCAGUUUAUCGCCGUUACUUCCACUGGCGUCGGAGAUAUGCAGUACACAUCACCACCUUCUGGGACGAGCCUUGGUGCCGGGCCUGCCAGGCUGUGCAGACCGCUGGGGACCAGCCCAAGAGCAUACGCAACCUGGCCAGCUGGUUUGAGCGGUGAGGCCAUCCUGCCUUGGGUGUGACCUUUUUGAUCCUUUUCUGCACAUUUUCCUGACUGCCGAAUCAUGGGUCUAAGUUCUCCGAACACCUAUUUUUGCUCUAUGAGAAAAAGGUGAUUUACCAAUUAAUAUUACUUAGCACAAGGUUGGAGUGGGAAAGAUUCCUGGUUCUUACUUUUUUUGCACAACUAGUUAGGCUCUCUCUGCUGUUCAUGGGUAUCAUUGUUUCCUGUGAAGAAGGGGACCUUUCUAUGCCUGUUACACAUGUGAAGAAAUAGUUUAGCUACAAGAUGCCUUUGGGAGAUUUUUUUUGAAUUUCCUCAUCUGCUUUAGGUCAUAUCUGUGGCCUCUGCAGCCUCAAAAUCUCUUACAUAAGGCGCCCCACUCACAUUUGCCUGGACCAAGGUGAAGCAAAGUGCUGUUUUUUGCGUUGGUGUGAAAUAGUGGAAAAACUAUGCCCACAAUUUUCUUUUUUUGGGGUUGUAUUAGUCAAAACCUUGCUUCUGCUGGUAUUAGUGGCUCUUGCCUAUAAUCCGAAGCCUCUCAGGAGACUGAGGCAGAAGGAGGACAAGUACCAGACCAGGCCCAGCAAUUUAGGGAAACCUCAAAAUAAUAUUUUAUUAUUUUAUAAUAAAUGUAGCUCAGUGGUAGAGUGCCCCUGAGUUCAAUCCCCAGAACAUUAACAACAAAAUAUCUCUCCUUUGGGAAAAGGUAAAAGGUAUGGAGGGUGGUUCAAAUAGCCACUGACUUCCUUGAUAAGCACUGUUUAUUCCCCUACCCUAUAAAUGCAAACAGAUACUGGAUUGGCCUUGGAGGAGAGUUAGGAUUAAUAUAUGGUUGUACCUUACUUUACACAAGAAAUGUAUUCCUGAAAAGCUACAUCUAAAUCAGAUCUCAAAUUCAGUGCCCUAAGGGAGUUCAGUAUUUAAUGGAACCUUAUGGAGAAUCCCUUUACAAUGUGAAUAGUCAUCUUCUAAUUUAUUUCUUCUGUUCUUAGUUUUUCUAUAACCUGGAUUUUAAAAAAAAAUUACAAUUACAGAUGUGAAAAUAAAGCACAAGCAACCUUCUUUUCCCUCUCUUCCUGGAAAACCAGCCUGCAUUUACAGACAUUUGAAGACACAGAAGCCAUAAUGUCAUUUUCCACAAAAUUAUUUCAUGUCUUUACUGGACCCCAAAUUUAAACUGCAAUCCAGUCCUUCAGAGGUGCUGGCAUUAGGCAUUACCUGUGCAAGAACAGUGAAAGAGAUUGUACUGUAUUGUGGAAUCAUGCAAAAGGAAAAAAAAAAGUUUCAUGGUGUCUGUUAGUGGCAAUUUUUGUUUUGACCCUAUAGUUUUUAGUAAUGUGUUUUAAUCCAAGGGGAUGUGAACUAAACUCGUGCCUACUAUUAACUGACUCUGCCUUUUGUUAAAGGCUAAAUCUGCAGUGCUCCUAGUACCAGCAGGUUCCCUUCUUAGUCUGUAGACUACUACAGUAAAUUCUCACAUUUCUAGUGUACUUUGCCAUGGGUCUAAUUUUGAAAAUAACAUGCAUUGACUUUAUAGGAUGUUGAAUGAACAGCAUAUUCAACAGAUGUCACCAUGUGCCUACUCUGUGUCCAAUACUGUGCUUGGGUCCUUAGGGAAGAUACAAAAGCAUUUAUGGCAAGGGCUCUUGGAAUCCACCAGUGCCAAAAAGUGAGUAGUGACUUUAAUGAAAAAGUUGGCAAAACCUAUUUGACUAAAGUGAAAUUCUUAGUGAUAUAGACCAUAAAUCCAUGAUUAGAAAGCCAUUUGAUUUGAAGCCUGACAUAAUGGGGCUUUUUUCUUCAAGCUAUUUUCAUAAGGACCCUCAGUGACUAAUUGCUGUGGGUAAAUUCCAAGAUAAAUUAGUUUUAUACAGAGUUCUGUAAAUAGUAAUUUUGUAUUUGAUUAGUACAGUUAGCUGAGUCAUAAAGCAAGUUUUACCUCUGUGCAUUUGUUGCAUACAUACUUGAAAAGCUCACUCAACACUAGGUGCUUCAAUUCUAUUUCUUCCUUAAAAGAAAAAAUUAAAAGCUGUGGACAACAUUUCCUCAUUAAAGUAUUAUAGUUUGGGCAGAAUUUCAAUUACAAAGUGGGAAUCACCAGUAAAGAUAAAAAUUUUAUUCCUGAAAUAAGUGCUUAGGAGAUAUUGAUGAGUGAUUUUUGUGUAUUGGGAAUUGACAUGGGGCAGUGGGGAGAGAGUUUAAAUUUUGAAGGUGAUCUGGUUUAGAUUUGAAUUCCAGCUGUUUGACAUUGAUCAAAUUAGUAAUAGUCCUGAGUGCCAGUUUCCUCAUCUGUAAAAUGAGGGGGGGGGAAAUAUUUCACAGCUCAUUAUGAACAUUUCAGGAAAUAAGUGAAGAUGCCAACACUUAGUUAUUUUAGGAUGCCCUCUAUUUUAUGUCUGAAAUUGUAUCUCAAGAUGUGUUACAGAAUAAGUCUGAAAUAAAAAGGAAGAUGCUUCAUAUUGUGUAUUUCAGGAUUCAUCGUUACCAUUUAGAUUAAGCUUAAUUUGCAAAGUAGGUCAAAGCCCUAUGCUUUCUUUGAAAAAAAAUUUGUUUUGGUAAAGUUAUACAGUUAAAUUAGUACUUAUUAUUUUAUCAGUGCCCUUUUGGUAUUAAGUUGAUUUAAAACUAGCCAGAUAUUCAUUGAAUAUUUAGCAUGCAGAAGAAUACAUAUGAAUACAUUAUAUGUAUUUCAAAAUUCCUUUCCUCUGAUUGUCAUGCCCUCCUUUAAGGCAUAAACUUUUAAAUUUAUUACGAAUUUAAUUUUUUGAAUUUUUUUUUCUUUCUCUCUUUUUUUGCACCGAGGGUCUGUAUAUGAGUGUACCCAGAAAGCUAUUUACAUCAGAAGACAGUCUGACUUGCUGGCAGUAUUCACAGAUCCUUUCCAGCUUCCAAAUCCUUUCCUAACAGUAAGGGGAAGACAGUAGGGAAGACAGGGUAGCUUCAUGAAAAGAGCUUGCAGUUUGGUUUCUGAACCUGAAGAGGAACUCAGGAGAGUUUUAAUUUCCUUCUUAAUAAUGCACGAAUACCCCUACAAAACCAGCGUUAAACAUGAUGAUAUGAGUCAAAGUGCUUUGUACAUUUUAAAGUACUAUACCAUUACAGGAUAUUCUAAAUUUUCAAGGCUCUAGACCUGGAAUCAGUAAACCUCUAUACAUGUCAGAGAGCAAAUAUUUCACGCUCCACAGACUGGCUGUGUAGUCUGUUGCCACUACUCAGCUCUGCUGUGGGAGCACAAAAGCAGCCAUAGAUAAUUCCUAAACAAAUGGGUGGCUGGAUUUGGCCUGCAAGCCGUAGUUGGCCAGUUAUGGUCUAGACUUCUAGAGAUGUAAGGAAUUUGGGAUACUAAAUAUGUAGUUUUAAAAUCUAACCUGAUGGGAGUUUCUUAGAAGGGAUUUAAGGAAUUAUAAGAAUUCUGGUGGCAGAUAUUCCUGGGUUCCUAGACCAGUUUUGCAACAUUUCGUAGUUGAUUUCAGAAAAAUUAUUAAAGCUUUCCGUGUUUUGGUAGCUUCAUCUCUAAUUGAAGGUAAUCAUAUAUAAUUUAUAGAUGUGUUGAAAGUACUAGAUAACACACUCGAAGCACUUAGUAUAGUGCCUGGCACAUGGGAAGCACCUAGGAAAUGCUAGCUGUGGUUGCCACCAAUCCCUUUUUCAGAGGGAGGAGUCAAGGUUCAGAGCCACUGAAGGACUUGCCUGAGGAUAGGUAGUAGUGACAGAACCAGCCAUGCCUGUGCAAAUCACAGUCCCUUUAAGCCUCUGUCACUUGAUCUUCAAAAUGGUGGGGUUGGACAAAAUAAACUCUUGAGAACUUCCAGUUCCAUGUGCUAUCAUUCUACUAAUUGGUACCCUAGGGCUCAGAGAGGUAAUUUACCUCACAGUGUGCCUUCCUUACAGUUUGGAAAUGAGUUCAUAUAGGAGCGAUAAACUGGCAGAAAACCAAGCACCAGAAAAGGGGAAUCUGCUUUAGCUUACAUACACACACACACACACACACAUACACACACACACACCAUACCUCAUAUCAAGGAGAGAAUCCUUGAUAGAAGUCCAUGCUAAUUAGUUUGGUAGAUAAUUGUAUUGCAUCCAUUUCAAGUCAUUCUUAGAUGUGUCUCAGGGACUUUAAUGCUACACAUUCUUUUAAUAAGUCUUAAUGUUCAGAAUAUUUUGACAAAAUGAAUAAAGUAAUAAGAUGGAAAAUGGCUCUUUGUUUUUGAUAUGUCCUCCCAUGCACCUUCAUGUUCACCUGUAACCCAGGGGAUACUUCUUGCUUGGGACAGUUCCUGUGAAUAUAUUGGUUCUAGAUUGGUAAUUGAAUUGUGAUGACCGCCUCUUUGAAUUAUACCAGGUCCAAUUCAGCUUGUCCUCUUGUUCAACACUUCUUGCCUGUUUGGUGACUCAUCUCCAAGGGCAUAACAAGUACCUUCCUUUCUGUCAGUGUGGUUUAUUUUACUAAGUGCUCUGAUGCCCUCUAUGCACUAUCUUUAUCUCCUAUCUGUUAAAUUAAGUAAUGCCAUUUUGAAAAGGGCUGAAAUAAAGCCUGGGAACAUGAUGGUAGGCAGAGAGCAGAGGAGGCAAGCUGUCUUCUUUAGAGCAGAUACUGGAACUGUUGAAAUAGGAAGUUGGAAUAAACACUGAAGAUUGUCUUCUAUCUGCCCUCCCCCAGCACACAUGCACACACUUGCUGACAUGCUCAUUUAAGUACAGACUUUGAAAAAUUACCAUGGCCAGCUGAGGAUAGGAACAAGACUAUCAAGAAAAGAAGAUGUGAUAACGAAUUGAGUAGAAAAGAAAGUACAUUAUAAAAUGGGGCAGGUGGUGCAUAUGGAUGGGGACUGGGAAAGAAAAAAAGAAAAAGGAAAGACCUUGAGGUCAAGGAGUACAAAGUGAAGAAAAAGCAAGAAGAUUAGGUAAAAGAAGGAAAGAUACAUAAGAAAAGUAGAGCAAAGACAAGGAAGGGUUAAAGGUUACAGGUAUGUGCCACCAUGCCUGACUCAAAAGUUGUCUCUCUUGAGAUUGUCCCCAUUCUCCCUUGAAUAUGUAUCUACUUUCCUAACUAAACUUCUAUGCAUGCCUUUGAUUGGCAUGUGCUGAAAUUCUUUUCCCUCAUGUAUGCCAAGAACCCCCACUGGUCCCGAGUCAAGUUCUCCCUUCUCUCUGGGAACUCCUCAGACCCAUAUUCAAAGACAUCUCUUCUCCAGUGACACUUUGAAAUUCUAUGUCAUACUCCCCUUUGGGGUGAGCACACUGAUAAAGCUAGAGUAGACUAUCUCACACAAAUAAAGACACAAAUCUCUUUGCAUAAAAUACUGUCACUCAUUUAUUGAGGAGGGUUGGUGUGAUAUUAAGGCAACAACUUUUUUUUUUUUUUCUUUUUUUGCGGUACUGGGGAUCGAACUCAGGGCCUUAGUGCUUGCGAGGCAAGCACUCUACCAGCUGAGCUAUUUCCCCAGCCCAAGGCAACAACUUUUGAGUAGCACAGACAGCUUUGCUCUUUGAUUUUCACUUUGAAGAGCAAACUACUAAGAGUGACCUUAAAUUCCUCCUUAUAUCCACUUGGCCAUGUAUCUGAGGUUUUCCGGGCACUAGAAACACUUUGCCUGAAGUAUUUUGAAUUGCACUUUUAAAUGAGCAUAUAUCAUGUUCCAGACACAAUCAAACAAAAUCAUUAGUAAUUUGGAUGCCAUUUUUAAAAAUUUAUCAUAAAAAAAUCCAUUUCUCCCUUCCCCCUCUCUUCCUUUUUUCUGGUGCUGAGACUCAAAACCCAGCACAGCAAGCAUACUGGGUAAGGGCCCUACCGUUGAGAUACAAGCCCCAACUUGUUCCUUUCUUUUUAUACUUGUUUAUAUUUAUUCUUUCCAUGAGUCUUAAUAAACUGUUGCUGAAACCAAAUGAAGGUUUUCAUUCAUUACGUCUUUGUCACUUUAUUUGAAAGCACUUUAUUUUGCCAUCAUUCCUCUAGCAUGACUAAUGGACUGCUAAACUUAUUUUUCAUAAUAAAAUAAUCUGAAGUAGUACAUAACACUUUUGGAAAUUAGUCAUACUCAGUUCCUUCUUUAAAGUUUUAUCAAGAUCCUUUAUUUUCCAGUCAUUCUAUAAACAUGUAUAGUAUGUGCCAUAAAACAUGGCUAUUUAGCCAUCAACUUUGGCAACCUUGUCAUUCAGCUUGAAAUUUCAUUUGUACUGUCUUGGAAUUAUGUCUCACUUUAUGUCCUGAGUAUAACAGUCUAGGACAUAGGCCUUGGGCAGUGAGAUAGCUGAGCCAGGGAUGCAAGAUUUAAGCCUAUUUCUGUAUAUCAUUAUUUGUGAGAGUAAACAAUUUUGUCUUACUUUAACUGGUAUUCUGCUUUCUGUUAAAAAUAUUUUAAUCAUUUGGAAAACACGAUUAAAGGGUUGGAAUACAAGUUCUUUAUGAAAAAGCGUGAAGGCCUGGGAAAACAUAACCCAAAAAAGAAAAAAACCAAAGGGGAGUUUUGUUCAUGGUCUUUAAGCACCUUCCGUCACUCAACAAAUAUUUGGUCAAGUGCUGAGCAGUAUUCUCAUCACUGGGAUAAAGCAGCAAACAGACAGGCAAGGUUCAAGUCCUCAUGGUGGAAUCACAUGGAAGAAAGAGAAAAUAAACAGGUUAACAGGACUGGG